AUGGGUAAAAGAGGGGACAUUUCACCUCGUGAAAAAGCUGAAGUCAAAGCCCUCACUAAUACGAAAAUGUAUUCCAAUCAGGAAAUUUCACGAAGGUUGGAAAUGUCAGAAGCUAGCAUAAGAUGCAUAAAGAAGAAAAUUGGUUUGGUUGAAGAACUGAGCCCCAGAAGGAAGAAUAAAUGUGGAAGAAAACCAAUUUUCACCCCAAGGUCAGAAAGAUUUCUCAAAAGAAUUUGCAUAGAAAACAGAUUUGCAACAAUCAAAGAGAUAAAAUCUCAACUGGAAGAGGCUAAUGUGAAUGCAUCUGAAUGCACUUUUCACAGAAAGUUGAAGGAUACUGAUUUCAAGGCCUGUCAACCUGAGAGAAAACCAAAGUUAACAGCAACAAUGAAAGCAAAGCAUCUGAAAUGGGCUAAACAGUGGUGUGAUAAGGAUGUGGACUUCUGGAGAUCAGUAUGCUUCAGAGCUGAAAGCAUGUUUGAAAUUUUAAGUAACGAGUCUCAGUAUGUGUGGUGUCUAACAGGAGAAAAAUUUAAUCCCAACUGCAUUAUUCAGACCGUAAAACAAAUGUGGUUAAAGGCAUAA